AUGGCAACCUCAGUAGAAUCAUCAUCCUCCCCACUAGCUGUCUCCCUGGGCAAGGAAUCAGAAACUUUAAUGGGUUCUCCUUCUCAAUUUAGUCCGUCUUCUGAUAAGCGUUUCUGGAGCAAUCUACGCAGCCGGGUCGAUUCCCUUUUGGAAAACCGGAAGCCAACUCCGUUUCCUAAUGUACAGAAGGAAGGAGCUAAUGAAGGGGUUAAGAGAUUGAAGGAGGAUUCGAUGCUUCUGCUUAGAGGGUUCGAUUCUGUUGCUCACACUCUGUCUCAGCUUUCCAACAAUCUUGAAAAUGCCCUUCAGGGGGCUACACAGCUGGCUAAUGCUCCCACGCUGACUGAAAUUCUUCAAUGCAAAUUGGAGGGAGCCAGAAAAGAUGAGCGAAAGCCAAAUAAGGGAAAUGAAGAUGAGGCAACAGAGGAAGAGAAUCAUGAAGAAGGAAAGAGGGGACAAAAGAGGAAGCUUGAUGCUGAAGAGUGUUGUGAUGAGGAUCAAACCGAAGAAGAUUUACUCAAGAAGAACACCAAAAGUUCAAAAGAAUUAGGAAAGCUUAAUAAAGCCAAAAAUAUUGCAAUUUCAAUGGCUACAAAAGCUGGUACACUUGCAAGAGAAUUAAAAUCAAUCAAAUCAGAUUUGUGCUUUAUGCAAGAGCGUUGCAGUCUACUGGAGGAGGAGAACAGAAGGCUUCGUGAUGGAAUUGCAAAAGGGAUUAGACCGGAAGAAGAUGACCUGGUGAGGCUUCAAUUAGAGGCACUUCUAGCGGAAAAAUCAAGAUUAGCCAAUGAAAAUGCAAACUUGACAAGGGAAAACCGAUGUCUGCACCAACUGGUGGAGUACCAUCAGCUUACAACGCAAGAUCUCUCUGCAUCUUACGAGAACUUAAUAACCGGAAUGUGCUUGGAUUUCUCUUCUCCAACAACUCCAGCAGCGGAAGAAGAAGACAAGGAAAAUUGUGGUGAAGAUGUUGAUGAUUAUGCAGAGAAUCCAAGACGCCCAAAAAGGGUUCUGGGAUUAUCUAAAUCAUUGGAUGAAUGCUACGACGAACUGUGA